GAUUUGUGAGAAUAGCUAGUGUUGGUCAAUGCUGAAAGGGCGCAACAGAUGGUUUGGCUCACAAUAAAUUGUGAAAUUUUAAUAUAAAAUGCCCAUAAACUGCAAGUCCCAGUGCGGGAAUCGCGCUACGUUAAAGCGCCCCAAAACCGGCGAUGCCCUGUGCAAGGAGUGCUUCUUUGCUGCUUUCGAGGCGGAGAUUCAUCACACAAUCUCUUCCAGCAACUUGUUCCGGCGUGGCGAGAAGGUGGCCGUGGCGGCCAGUGGAGGCAAGGACUCCACGGUCCUGGCUCAUGUCUUGAAACUGCUGAAUGAACGCCACGAUUAUGGCCUGGAACUGGUGCUUCUUUCCAUAGACGAGGGCAUUACUGGCUAUCGGGACGACAGCUUGGAGACUGUCAAGCAAAACCGCGAUGACUACCAGAUGCCCCUGAAAAUUCUGUCUUACGAGGAACUCUACGGCUGGACCAUGGACCGCAUUGUGGGCCAGAUCGGACGUUCCAACAACUGCACCUUUUGCGGGGUCUUUCGACGACAGGCCCUGGACCGAGGGGCCAAGCUGCUGGGCGUGGACAGCAUAGCCACGGGCCACAAUGCCGAUGACAUUGCGGAGACUGUUCUGAUGAACGUGCUCCGUGGGGACACAGCUCGCCUGCGGCGCUGCACGGACAUACGGACCGGCGGCGGCGAGGAUUCCAUUCCCCGCGUGAAGCCCCUGAAGUACAGCUACGAGAAGGAGAUCGUGAUGUAUGCCCACUACAAGAAGCUCGUCUACUUCUCCACCGAGUGCGUGUUUGCCCCCAAUGCGUAUCGCGGCCAUGCCAGGGCCUUCCUCAAGGAUCUGGAGAAGGUGCGACCUUCGGUUAUUAUGGACAUUAUCUACUCCGGCGAACAGCUGCGGUUCAAGGACACCGUGAAGAAGCCAGUGCGCGGCAUUUGCACUCGAUGUGGCUUCGUCUCCUCGCAGCAGCCAUGCAAGGCAUGCGUUCUCCUCGAGGGUCUGAACAGAGGAUUGCCCAAGCUGGGCAUAGGCAAAAAGUCCAAGGGCGAGCGCAUGAUUGCCAAGCAGGACCAGGAACUAGCCCUUCGAGAGCGUGCAAAUUUAGUAAAAAACGAUUUUUAACAUUUCAAAA